UCUCGUGCCGAUAGCGUCUUUUUAGACUUGUUACGCAGCGUUGAAGCAAAAUUGUUACCGUUAAUUUAGAAUUAGCAAUCGCUCAUAGAGAUGUUACGACUCGUAUGAAUCUAAUUCGCGGUAAUUUGAAUCCGACAAAAUCAUGAGGUUUAUUGUUGUAACGUCGUUAUUGCUGGGAUCCGUUCUCGUCCGGUCCGUCGAACUGAAAGAAUCCUAUCCUAGGAUCUUCACACCGCUAGGAGGGAUUGAAGGUUUAUAUGAGGUCUCGAACGCGGGUCGCCUCUAUGCCGCCUACAAAGGCAUACCCUACGCUGAACCGCCGAUCGGAGAUUCAAGAUUCCGAGCCCCGAAACCCAUAUCACCGUGGAUGCGCGUCCUGAAUGCGAAAGAAUUCGGUUCUUCCUGCAUGGGGUUCGCCCCUGCUCCGACCCCUGAUCCCGAGGACAGGGUAACCGGAUCGGAGGACUGCCUUUACCUCAACAUUUAUGCUCCGAUUAUGAAUCGCAGCGAUGGGAUUACAUCGUCCGCCAACUCGCUACCGAUUAUAUUGUUCAUACAUGGAGGCGCGUUUCAAUUCGGAACCGGAAGCCUGUACGGACCGAAAUAUUUGCUCGACUACGACGUUAUACUCGUUACCAUUAAUUACAGACUGGGACCACUGGGUUUUCUGAGUACCGAGGAUGAGACGAUUGCAGGAAAUAUGGGCUUGAAAGAUCAAGUAAUCGCGAUGAGCUGGGUGAAGGAUAAUAUUGUAUUCUUCGGUGGUGAUCCAAACAGAAUAACGAUUAUCGGUCAGAGUGCCGGGGGUGCAAGCGUGCAAUAUCACUACUUAUCGAAGCUAAGCGUUGGCCUCUUCCAGAGGGGAAUGUCAAUAAGCGGGACUACACUGAACUGCUGGGCCCAGACGGAAGGUUCCUUAGAGAAGGCCAAGAAACUCGCGAACAUCGUCGGAUGUCCGACCAAUGGGGUCCAAGAUAUGGUGGACUGUUUGAGAACGCGACCCGCGCGUCUUAUCACUCGAGCGACUGGCGAUUUCAUGCCGUGGCUGGAGAAUCCCGCUACUCCGUUCGGACCCGUUGUCGAAAAGGGUUGCAGCGACUUUGCGUUCAUCGAUCAGCCACCGGCCGAAAUAUUGGCUUCCGGCAAAGUACAGGACCUACCUUGGAUUACAACGGUAGUAAGCGAGGAGGGCCUCUUCCCGGCGGGCGAAUUCAUGGCAAACGAAACUCUACUGAGAGAAUUGAAUGAUAACUGGGAUUAUCUCGCGCCGUUUCUGUUGGACUUCAACUACACGAUUCCCCAGAUCCAUCAUCGCAAAGUUGCGAGGUUGAUAAAAGGUCAUUACCUGGGAACAAGACAAAUCGAUAAUUCCACUGUCGAGCAAAUCGUACGCAUGAUCGGCGACAGGCUGUUUGUCUACGACGCCGAGGAAGCUGCGAGGUUACAAGCAAGAGCCAAUCGAAACCCUGUGAGAUUUUAUUACUUCACGUACAGAGGGGCCCAUAGUAUGAGCGAAGAAUUCACCGGUGUCGAAGAAAACUUUGGAGUCAGCCACCUGGAUGAUCUUCCUUACGUCUUGGAUGUGAUUUUCGAUCCAACUACAACGACACGAGAUCGUGCGAUGCAGAGGGUGAUGCUGAAUCUCUGGGUUUCGUUCGCCAGUUCGGCCACACCAGAGUUGGGCGUCGAAUGGUCCACGGUUGAGCCAUUUGACGAAGAAUUGCGUUACCUUCGCAUCGCAUCGCCGGAUGAAAUUCGUAUGGACGGCAACGCGAACUUUGGAGAUAAACAUUUUUGGCUCUCUAUCCCUUUUCGGGAAAAUAUCCCGAUAACCGUGACUGGAACCCGAAUACGAAGUAAUUGAAGUGUAAAAUUUGUACAAUGAAUUGAAAUAUAAAUAGACCAUUUAAUGUUCA